AUGUCUAAUUAUGCCUACCUCUUCAAGUACAUUAUCAUCGGUGACACGGGUGUCGGAAAAUCAUGUAUGUUAUUGCAAUUUACGGACAAACGGUUUCAGCCCGUGCAUGAUUUAACGAUUGGUGCUGAAUUUGGGAGUAAUACGGUGACAAUCAACAAUAAACCAAUAAAGCUACUGAUUUGGGACACGGCUGGUCAAGAAUUAUUCAGGUCUAUUACAAGGUUUUAUUACAGAGGUGCUGCCGCGGCGCUUUUGGUUUUUGACAUCACGAGGAGAAAAACCUUUGACGACUUGACAAGUUGGUUGGAAGAUGCGAGAAGAGAUGCGAGUCCGUAUAUGACCAUAAUGCUGGUAGGAAAUAAAUCUGAUUUGGCCGAUAGAAGGGUCGUCAGCGUGGAAGAAGCGGAACAGUUUGCUAAAGAACAUGGAUUGAUAUACAUCGAGGCUUCUGCCAAGACGGCUCAUAAUAUCGACAAGGCAUUCGUAAAGACAACCUCGACCAUCUACAAGAAAAUUCAGGAUGGAAUUUUCGACGUUUGUAAUGAGACUAACGGGAUCACAAUUGGAUAUGGAGAAAGAGAUAGUGUUGUUGCUGCUAAGAGACGAGGCUGCUGCCGCUGUAGCUGA